AUGGAGACGCCGAGGGCUAUCCUUGCUGCCGAGGACGAUGAUACCUCUGCCGAACUGGUCACCAUCGCAUGUCCAUCAAAGACGGUCCAAUUUGCGAACCACAUGAUCUUUGGUUCGCAAAUGGAGUUGUCGGAGAUCGAGGAGCUACCGAAGAAACUCAUUCGAGAAGAAGCCGAUCGUGCCUUUCAUCUCCAGGCCUCGGCUUUGAUGGACAUGUGGUUGUGUGUGAAGCGGGCCAUCUCCGCUGCUGAGCGCACAAAAAGGGCUUACGAUGAUGGUCGUGCCAAAGUUGCCGAGGCAGGCAAGGCUUUCUAA